AUGGAGCCUCUUACUGACGAUGCCGACUACGAUGCUGGCGAUGCGUUUGGGAAUGUAGCAAUAUGCUCAGAUGCCAGCAAGGAUUCAGCCCAGCAUCCGGAUAUCAUAGUUGAUCUCACAAGUCCGCCCAAGGGCAGUUGUCUUUUAGAAUACCUGGCUCGUCAUCUGGAAGCCGGUAUCAUUUCAGCCGGCACCCAUGCCUGCCCUCCCCUCCGCUUGUCAACCGAUCCUGCUCCUGCUUCAUCCACUCGUACUAGCCUCCUCUUUGCAGACUCCGAUGCCCCCCAAGCCACCGAGACCGGCCCUACUACUGUCAAUUUAGAUACCCAUACAACUCCAGCCGUGGCCUGGCUCAGAAAGCCAUCUGUUCGAUUCUCUGGCUCUGCAGUACCCGAAGCUCUCACUCAAUUUGCUAAGCAUAUAUACGGUAGCAUGUCUGCAAAUACAAUUGUAUUUGUUGACGACCUGCACGGUAAUAUCGGCGCUUAUUACCAUGCUCGUCUUCUUAAUGAUUCCGCUCUAGACUUCGACUUCGUGCUUUUCGAUUCUGGCAACGGACCACUCAGUACGCGGAAUAUCAUCCAUCUGCCGGACACCAGGAACACUAAUUACACAACGAUCGUAUCUGGAAUUCUGAACACAGUGCGAUACACCACAGACUCAAGUGUAUGGUUGACGGCCUUGAGACAUCGGCAGACACAAGGUCUGAUGGCGCUGGUGCGGCAAAUUCCAAUAACUGAACGGGCAAGUAAGGAGGCGGCCUCUUUGUCUAUGCUGUCUGAGGUAUACCCAAACGCCCCAUCUAACUUGGCGGCGAAAGGAGCCUAUUCACCGUUGUCCAGCUCCAGUCUAGCCAAAGUUUGGAUCGUCUACGAUGCUGAAGUUCAGGAAAGUCCAAAAAAGUGUCAUGUUCUCUUCUCCGAUCAACAGGCCUCAGCCCAAGAGUAUCAGCAAAGACAAGGUCAAGUUGGAAAUAAUUGUCUUUCUUCGGAUAACUUUGACACCUUUUACUGCCUUCGUCUAGACUGGACUGGUUGGGACAAAAUGGGAUUGCAAGAGUUGUCAGAAGCGAUAGGAACAACG